UCCUAAAACCCUAAACCCUCUUUCUCGACGCUUAUGGUGCUUCUCAGUUCAUUUCCAUGGCGGUCGCUGUCUUAAAAUUCGCGCGCCAACCCAAUCUUUUUCUUCGUCCCACUCCUUUUCAAUGUCUUCGCAAGGUUGUGCCGAGAUUUGUCGCUGCGGUUGAGGCAGAGACCUUGACAAACGAAGAAUGUAGCGGCUCAAUUCGUGAAGCAGAAAACAAGAAGGCCCCGGCAUGGAAGAGGCUGAAUUCCAAAGAGCUUGGAAUUCACAAUUCAAUGAUUGGAAGCACUACGAAAAAGGUUCUUAACGGGCUGAAGAAAAGGGGAUAUGAUGUAUACCUUGUUGGAGGUUGUGUACGGGAUCUUAUUUUAAAGCAAACACCAAAAGACUUUGAUAUUAUAACUUCAGCUGGGCUUAAAGAGGUUAUGAGAAUAUUUUCAUGGUGUGAGAUAGUUGGCAAACGUUUCCCUAUAUGUCAUGUUCACAUGGAUGGUACCAUUGUUGAGGUUUCAAGUUUUAAUACUCCUAGAUACAACGUGGGUAUUAAAUUCUCUCAUCAUAUGGAAGCACCUAAUGGCUGUGACAAGAAGGACCAUCUUCGAUGGAUGAAUUGUUUAAACCGAGACUUUACAAUUAAUGGGUUGAUGCUUGAUCCAUAUGCUAAAAUUACAUACGAUUACAUGGGAGGAAUAGAAGAUAUUAGAAAAGCUAAAGUGCGAACUGUAAUUCCCGCAGAUACUUCAUUUCAGGAAGAUUGUGCUCGCAUUCUUCGUGCAGUUAGAAUUGCUGCUCGCUUAGGAUUUAAUAUUUCAAAGGAAACAGCUCAUUUUGUUAAAAAACUGUCUUCUUCAGUGUUAAGACUUGAUGAGGGUAGGCUCCUGAUGGAAAUGAAUUAUAUGCUAGCUUACGGUUCUGGUGAAGCUUCUUUGAGGCUAUUAUGGAAAUUUGGACUUCUAGAUAUACUUCUUCCCUUUCAGUACAGGCUGCAUAUUUUGCUCGCAGUGGAUUUCAAAGACGGGACAAAAGAACCAAUAUGCUUCUGGUUCUCAGCCAUUAAAGUCUACGAUGCAUAUACCUUGUUUUCGUGCAAGCUUUUCUUACUAGUCUCGUAAACAUGAAAAAAAUCUUUGAAUUUCCAAGUGGUGAGUUCGGGG